GUAGCUAGCCUACUCCGUUGGGAAGGGUGGUAGUUGGUUAGCUAGUUCGGCAGCGUAUUUGUGUUUGGACCGGGAUGCUAUUAGUUCGUUAAGUUAGUGCUAUUAUGAGGUAGUUAGUUAGCACAACAGGUUGAAUAACCUGGCACGUUAACCAACUUGACACGUUUCUUGUCCCAAAACGGUCUGUCUCCAAUUGCUAGCGACUAGCUAGGUAACAGUUCAACUGGCUUACGAAAGUAAAAGUAGGCUAGCUGUUACUAGCAUUAGCUAGCCACUCGGCUAACGUUAAUUUAAAAAAAAGAAACGUAUAAGCGUGUCAUACUUAUUGUUAGCAUGUAGAAUAGCAAUAAACGAACUAAAUUAAUAUGGGGUUUAACAGCAUGCUAGCCAAUUAGCGGAGAAAAAAUGUGAAAUGGCUAAAACAUUAAGUUAGCCUAUAUCAGUGGCGAGCUAAUUGCCAAACAGUCGGAGACGAUCGACCUAGGUUGUCGAGGUCUUGAGCUUGCGAUUUUAAGUAAAGCUACACUUAAUGAACAUUGUAAAGCCAACGUGAACAACUGGCGUUUUACACCAAAUACAUUUUGUCUUGUGGAAGUAGAAAGCGUCUGUAAUUUUCUUGUAGCUUGCUAACACAUUCGGUUAAAGUUAGCCAUCUGGCCGUUAUGUUUUCCAGGUAUUCAGAGCGUAGCGCUAGUAAGUUAACGUUUGUCUGCCCUAGAUCUCAUAUUAAACACUUUAACUUCAGCUGUUCAAAGUUGGUGUGUUGAGGGUAUCCUUCAGUCUCAAUUUUUUUUUCAAGAUAACUGACAGCAUAAGUUAGCUGGUCUGUAUAACUAACUUUGUUUGAAGCGAGUAUCUUCCACUGGGGACAACAUGGGGAAUUGGCCUGUAGAACUAUGACUUGGCACUUUAUGACUAGUACUCUUGUAGACCGAUAUUAAGUGCGUAUGACUGAUAGUCAAACUCGUUUUGGUGUUGAACUUUGAUUAUACUCCCAGGCAUGGUUGUGCUGCUUGGUGUUGCACGGUCAUCUAGGCAUUCACUCUUUCUAUAUAUUGCCACCAGUUGCCUUUAUCUUAAUGAGGCUUAAAAGGUAAAUCAUCCCCGUGAGACAACAGUGUGAGCAAACGUCCUACAUGUUGUGUCCUCAGGGCUGUCAGGUAAAGGCACUGAAGGAAAAAAUUGAGAACGAGAAGGGAAAAGAUGGUUUUCCAGUUGCAGGACAGAAAUUGAUAUACGCAGGAAAAAUCCUUAAUGAUGACACUGCACUCAAGGAGUACAAGAUUGACGAGAAGAACUUUGUGGUUGUCAUGGUGGCUAAGCCUAAACCAGCAUCAUCAUCUGCCCAAUCUUCCACUGCUGCCGUGACUACAACCCCAACCCCACCCAGCACUACGGCGCCUGCUGCUGCCCCCGUUGCAUCCACCACUGCUGAAACCCCGCCCAAAAGCACUAGCAAAGAGGACAAGCCCGCUGAGGAGAAGCCCCCUGAGAGCACCGCCCCUGCCUCCUCUCCCGUUAGCUCAUCAAGUCCCGUGACAAAUGUGAACAUUUUUGAAGAGGCCACCUCUGCUCUCGUGACAGGCCAGUCAUAUGAGAACAUGGUAACGGAGAUCAUGCUGAUGGGCUACGAGAGAGAGCAGGUUGUGGCGGCACUGAGGGCCAGCUUCAACAACCCAGACAGGGCUGUGGAGUACCUCCUGACAGGUCUUCCGGCAGAGGAGGAGAGUCACACAGUGGCCAACCCAGUUGUUCCCCCCUCGGGGGGGACUCCAGCUGCCACCACGGGGUCCCUGUCCUCGCCCUCCAGUGCCACCCCCACACAGCCCACUACCGCCUCUGGGGCCAACCCUCUGGAGUUCCUGAGGAACCAGCCGCAGUUCCAGCAGAUGAGGCAGAUCAUUCAGCAGAACCCAGCCCUGCUGCCUGCCUUACUGCAGCAGAUCGGGAGGGAGAACCCACAGCUGCUGCAGCAAAUCAGCAGUCAUCAAGAGCAAUUCAUCCAGAUGCUGAAUGAGCCUGUCCAGGAGGCAGGUCAGGGUGGAGGUGGAGGUGGAGGGGGAGGGGUGGCGGAGGCUGGAGGGGGACACAUGAACUACAUCCAGGUCACUCCCCAGGAGAAGGAAGCCAUUGAGAGGCUAAAAGCACUAGGAUUUCCUGAAGGACUUGUCAUACAGGCUUACUUUGCCUGUGAGAAGAAUGAGAACCUGGCAGCAAACUUCCUUUUACAACAGAACUUUGACGAUGAUUAAAGGGAGCUGUGGAAAUUUUGCUCAACUUUUUUUUUUUUUUUUGAUUUAUCAUUGGGGGGGGGGGGGGAGGGUUGGGGAAGGCCUUUGAUUUUUCUAGAUCUUACAUCAAUUUAUCAUCUUGGUAACACUGGAUCAACAUCUGUGUGAAAGAAAGGAACCGUUUCAUAACACUUCAAAUUGGUAACUUGGUAAACACCCCUUGCUUCAUUAGACAAAAACGGUGCAACCUGUUCCUUUUUCAUAUAGCCUGGAUGAACAUGAUUGUCUUUUAUUCUUCAGAAUGAAUACUGAUUUGAAGUGUUUAUUGCCAAUUAAAUGUUUCCCAACUUGUCAGCUGCACAUAGGUAGUGGAAUAGGUUGUUAUGUCAUGCAUCAAUGUUUUUUUUUUCCUUUUUUCUUUUUGAUUGGACAGUAUAGGCUUGCCAGUGCUGUUUAAAUUUACACAGUAAAGCAAAAUCAGUAAAGAUUUUAAAGCAAACUUUGUUUUCUUUUUAUAAAUUACCAUUAUACUGUUUAUUAAUCUGAAAGGAAUUGGCUCCAAGUGUAGUGCAUGCAAUACGCUCAGUUUACAUGUUCCAGGGGAAUUACAUGUACACAACAGUGAACUAUCGCCAUAUUUUCAUGGAGACUGAAUGCAAUUCAUUCUAGUGUUAUCAAAAGAAUUGAAGGCAUGUAAAUGGCUUGUAGUAGGUGUUAGUAUUUACAGUUCCUAUUACUACAAUUUACUGUCAUUUUUACAGAGAAAUAAAACUUUUGAAUGUAUGAAA